UACGACGCCGGCAUGAUCAACAACCUCAAUGCGGUUCAGCCGUACUUUGAACACUUCAACCUCGACAGUGAUCUCAUCGGUCUCAACGUCGCCAUCGUCAGCGCCGGAUGUAUCUUUGGCUCUCCGGUAGUUGGCCCCAUUGUGGAUCGUUGGGGACGAAAGACUGGCCUUGCAAUGGGCUCAGUCUGCAUCAUCCUCGGAGUGGUGCUGCAAGCGUCAGCGGGCAAGAUCGCCCAGCUCAUCGUCAGUCGCUUCAUCAUUGGCUUCGCCACCAUCAUAAACGGCUCCAUCGCCCCCAUGUGGGUUAUGGAGCUGGCCUCACCAAAGUACAGGUCCAUGCUCUCGAGCUCAGUCCUCGUCUCGGUGCCGUUCACCUCGUUUCUGGUCACUUGCAUCAUUCUGGGGAUAUAUGAUAAGCAGUCAAACUGGGCGUGGAGGGGGAUCAUGCUGGUGAAGGCAGUGCCCUCUAUUAUCUCACUCUGUCUCUUGCCGUUUGUCGAUGAGAGCCCGAGAUGGCUCUUCUACAAGGGGCGCGGCGAAGAAGCUACUAAUAUCCUCGCUCGCUUGCACGCAGACGGUGAUGUCGAGCAUCCAAUUAUCGUCGCUGAAAGCCAGGAGAUUCUUGGCGCCCUGGAGCAUGAGAAGGAGAACGACGGAGGCUGGAAGGACCUUGUAUCCCCUGCCCCCAAUCUGAAGCGAUUCGGCAUUGCUGUCCUUAUGAACAUCUUCUACCAGAUCCUGGGAGGAAACAUGAUUCUCUACUUCUCAUCCUUCCUCAUUGGCAAGCUCGGAAUCGAAAGCAGGAGAAUUGUAAUCCUUAUCAAUAUUGGCCUGCUACUCUGGAAGGCCUUUUGCAGUGUUGGAGGCGUCUUCCUCAUCGACAGAAUUGGCGCUCGCAAACCUCUUAUCGCUGGAACCUCUGCCACUGUGGCUCUGUUCGGCCUGCUUUCUGGUCUUUCGUACCUUUCGGAUGAACAUCCCGACGAAACAGGAUAUGCUAUUGGUGCUGUCGUUGUCGUUGGUCUGUUCCUCCUUGCAGUAUCUACCAGCUGGAUGAUUCUUGCCUAUACAUACCCCCCUGAAGUCCUCCGCUACUCCCAGCGAGCCAAGGGCGUGGUAGUCGCCCAAGCCAUCGGCUAUGCCUUCAGCUUCCUGAACCUCUACACCGCCCCGCUCGCCCUCGAUAAGAUCGGCUGGAAGUUCUAUGCCAUCAACGGCAGCUGGAACUUGGGCAUCCUGAUUGUCGUGUACGGGUUGUUUGUGGAGACCAAGGGCAGGACGCUCGAGGAGAUAGACGAGCUCUUUGACGGC